CGUCCACGUUGCCUUACUCGCCCGUCGGCUCCUUCUCCCCUUGGGAUCCAGCCCGGCGCUUCCGCACUCCUGGCCCUCGCAGCAGGGCCGCCGCGCUCGAUCCGGCGGCGGCGGCGGCGUCCCCGCUUCCGCUCAGCGGGGCGCGGCGGGGUGGGGAGCAGCCCGGCCCGCCCCGAGCCUCCAGUGCGCCGGCCGCGUCAGGGAUCCGGCCCCGAGAGGCGCCGCCCUCCGCCCGCCCCGCUGGCCUCCCCUCGCCUCCUGGGAGCAGCGAACGGGAGAGCGCGCCCAGCACUUGGGCUCGGCGCAGGGCUUGGUCUCGCGGGCCCAUGCCCGUGCGCUCUCUCAGGCCCUCGCCAUGGCCUCCGCGAGCGUGGCCGAGUGUCUGCAGCAGGAGACCACCUGCCCUGUGUGCCUGCAGUAUUUCGUCGAGCCCAUGAUGCUCGACUGCGGACACAACAUCUGUUGCGCGUGUCUCGCCCGCUGCUGGGGCACGGCUGAGACCAACGUGUCGUGUCCGCAGUGCCGGGAGACCUUCCCGCAGCGGCACAUGCGGCCCAACCGGCACCUGGCCAAUGUGACCCAGCUGGUGAAGCAGCUGCGCACCGAGCGGCCGUCCGGGCCCGGCGGCGAGAUGGGCGUGUGCGAGAAGCACCGAGAGCCCCUGAAGCUGUACUGCGAGGAGGACCAGAUGCCCAUCUGCGUGGUGUGCGACCGCUCCCGCGAGCACCGCGGCCACAGCGUGCUGCCGCUCGAAGAGGCGGUGGAGGGCUUCAAGGAACAAAUCCAGAACCAGCUGGACCAUCUCAAAAGAGUCAAAGACUUGAAAAAGAGGCGCCGGGCACAGGGAGAACAGGCACGAGCUGAACUCUUGAGCCUGACCCAGAUGGAGAGGGAGAAGAUCGUCUGGGAGUUUGAGCAGCUGUAUCACUCCUUGAAGGAGCACGAGUAUCGGCUCCUGGCCCGCCUGGAGGAGCUAGACCUGGCCAUCUACAACAGCAUCAAUGGUGCCAUCACCCAGUUUUCCUGCAACAUCUCCCACCUCAGCAGCCUGAUUGCCCAGCUGGAAGAGAAGCAGCAGCAGCCCAACAGAGAGCUCUUGCAGGACAUCGGGGACACACUGAGCAGGGCUGAAAGAAUCAGGAUCCCUGAACCUUGGAUCACACCUCCAGAUCUGCAAGAGAAAAUCCACAUUUUUGCCCAAAAAUGUCUGUUCUUGACAGAAAGUCUGAAGCAGUUCACAGAAAAAAUGCAGUCAGAUAUGGAGAAAAUCCAAGAACUGAGAGAGGCUCAGUUAUACUCAGUGGAUGUGACUCUGGACCCGGACACAGCCUACCCCAGCCUGAUCCUCUCCGAUAACCUGCGGCAAGUGCGUUACAGCUACCUUCAGCAGGACCUGCCCGACAACCCGGAACGAUUCAACCUGUUCCCCUGUGUCCUGGGCUCUCCAUGCUUCAUCGCUGGGAGACAUUAUUGGGAGGUAGAAGUGGGAGACAAAGCCAAGUGGACCAUAGGUGUCUGUGAAGACUCAGUAUGCAGAAAAGGUGGCGUGACCUCGGCUCCCCAGAACGGCUUCUGGGCAGUGUCACUGUGGUAUGGGAAAGAGUACUGGGCUCUCACUUCCCCCAUGACUGCCCUUCCCCUCCGGACCCCCCUCCAGCGGGUGGGGAUUUUCUUGGACUAUGAUGCUGGGGAGGUGUCCUUCUACAACGUGACGGAGAGGUGUCACACCUUCACUUUCUCUCACGCUACCUUCUGUGGUCCUGUCCGGCCCUACUUCAGUCUGAGUUACUCGGGAGGGAAGAGUGCAGCUCCUCUGAUCAUCUGCCCCAUGAGUGGGAUUGAUGGCUUUUCUGGCCAUGUUGGGAAUCAUGGGCAUUCUAUGGAGACUUCUCCUUGAGGACGUGAACUUAGGCUGUAAGGGUUCUUGGCCAUAAUCCGGUCCCAGGCACAAGAUGUCUUGUUGCCUUGCCACUUCCUGUCCGUCACUCCAGGUAUUCUCACCAUUUUCCACCCCCUUCCCAAUGGGAGAUAGGAUGUCCAUGUUCCUACCAUCCUUUCUCUUCCCCUGGAAAUUCUGAGAAGUAUCAAGAGUCACCCCCCCCCAAAAAAAAAAAAAAUAAAAACCAGAGUGCACCUCUGGUGGUUCAUCCUUUUCGUUUUUACACACUACUGGAAGCGAUGCAGAUGUGGGGAGUCUCUGGCUUUGCAGGGCUGUCCAAGACUGGCAUGCCCUCUAGGUUCGGCCUGCCCUCCUGGGUCAGCCAUGAAGAGUGACCGAGGUUUUCUGCUCUUAUUUCUGGACUGGAGCUUUUUCCUAAAAACUUUGGGUGGAAUGUCAAGGCCCUGUGAACAUGGCCAACCUGUAUUCAUUUUAUUCCCUUGGAAGAGUACCUCAAGCCCUGAUUUCCCCAUCCAUCAUGAUUUGAUGAACUCGGUUGACGAGGCCUGUGUGUGUUUUGCUUAGUCACAGUUGUUUUAAAAUUAUGGUGGGAAGAUGCCCCCAGCUGUAUUAUGAGAUGAUGUUCUAAUCACUGUCUGCCUCCGAGUCUUUUCUGAGGGAUUCAUCUGCUUCCUUUACUCUACCGGAAGGGGAGUCCUGGUGCUGGAUACACAUCAUCCAGGACGAUUUCUGCCCAACACGUUUCUACUGUCUCUAGAUCCCCCUCCCAACUCACACGAAUGGAUUGGUGGGCACAGGGCAGCCCUGGAAGGGUGCUGGGGAAGUACUUCAGGGAUUCAUUGACUUUCUGCCUCCUUCUCUCCACCUCCCCUGGGCGAUAGGAGGAUUGACCUUUCGGAUGCGCAUACCUUUGAGACAGCUCCAGCGCCCUGACUAUAGGAUCCUGCCCCAUUCUAGAAUGAUAAGGCAGAUCGCUCUGAACAAGCCCCCAUGCUGGUCCUUCUCUUUGGGUACAUGCCUCUCUGUUUAAAAAUAAAGUGAAUAUGGAUGUUUA